CCAUUUUUGGUAUCAGUGGGAGGAAUUGUGCUCCAUUUUUGGUAUCAGUGGGAGGAAUGGUGCUCCAUUGUUGGUAUCAAUGGGAGGAAUGGUGUUCUGUUGUUGGUUUCAGUGGGAGGAAUGGUGCUCCAUUUUGGUUUCAAUGGGAGGAAUGGUGAUCCAUUGUUGGUUUCAAUGGGAGGAAUGGUGCUCCAUUGUUGUUAUCACUGGGAGGAAAGGUGCUCCAUUGUUGUUAUCACUGGGAGGAAUGGUGCUCCAUUGUUGUUAUCACUGGGAGGAAUGGUGCUCCAUUGGUGGUUUAAAUAGGAGAAAUGUUGCUCCAUUAUUGGUAUCAGUGGGAGGAAUGGUGCCCCAUCAUUGGUAUCAGUGGGAGGAAUAGUGCCCCAUCAUUGGUAUCAGUGGGAGGAAUAGUGCCCCAUCAUUGGUAUCAGUGGGAGGAAUGGUGCUUCAUUGUUUGCA